AUGACGCCAGUGAUGCUGCUCCGGAGCGGUGCGCAGCGCCAGCGAGCCGCCCUCUUUGUUAUGACGCUAACCCUAUGCUUCCUCCUAUUGCCCGUGCACGGCGCAGACUCACCGUUCACUGGCUACACAGCCGCGCAGAAGGUGAACACGCGCAAGUUUCUGCAGGCCUUUGUGAAUGCAAACCCACUGCUGGAGAGCCUGCCGUCGGAGGACUUCUGCGAGUGGGUGUACGCUGGCUGCACGAAUAAGGGUGUGGACCUGUACCUGGAUGAGACGGCCGUGGAACAGCUGCCGGAGCUGCCCGCUGACGCGGUUGCCAGCCACGUGAGGGUCACUUCCAUCAGCAUCAGCUACGGCAAGGGCACAUUGAGGGGCACCCUGCCGGCGACCUGGGGAGGCCUGUCGCGCAUCGAGUACAUCUCCCUGUACUCGAACUCGCUGAUGGGCACCCUGCCGCCGGAGUGGGCGGGCAUGACGACGGCGAAGUGGUUCCUGCUGUACGACAACCAGCUGACGGGCACGAUCCCCGACGCGUGGGGCAAGCUGCGCUACAUGACGUGGGCGUGCCUGAACGACAACCGGCUGACCGGGUCGCUCCCAGCAGCGUGGAGCCGCGCUACCCGCCUGACGAUCAUGGAGGCCCGGCGAAAUCAGCUGUCCGGCACGCUGCCGUCGGCGUGGUCGAGUCUGCAGUUCAUCAGCUCCAUCACGCUGUCGAACAACCGGCUGACUGGGCCCCUUCCAGCAGCGUGGGCGUCUGCCGUGUCGCUGAACGGUGUGUCUGUGCAGGGCAACGGCCUGUGCGGCUGUGUGCCGAGCGCGUGGGACUCUCGCAGGUUCAUGUACGGCAUCCGGGUCGAUGCCGACCUCUUGGCCACAAAUUGCUCGACGGCCAACGCGUGCGAGUGA